AUGACCGCAACCACUACAACUACCAAUCCUCCCCCUGAAAAGCAAGACAUACAGGCAGGGCUCAACUACUGGGGAGGGAGCAACGACCCGAUCACCAUCGAUUUCACCACACCUGAGGGAAAUCAGAAACUCUCAGAGACAGAAAAGCAACAAGCGAAGCAUCCCGUCCUCAUCCACGACAUCCGCGGAUCCGAGGACCAGUACACGCUUGAAAAGCACGGAUUCCAGUACUUCCACGACGAAGUCCCGGAGCUCGACGACUGGACCGACGAGCAAAAGGUCACCGACACCCUUAUCCCCAAGGCGGAGGAGCUUGUCCGUAAAAUAACCGGCGCCAAAGAAACAAUCACCUUUGUGCACCGCAUCCGCUGCUUCGCUUCCGACGCAGCAAAACUAGCCGACAACCGCGCCCCAGCGCACGACGUGCACACGGACUUUACCGUCGCAGGUGCGCUUGGGCAUCUCGAAAGGGAGGUCUCCGACCCAGAGCGCCUGAAGCAGCUGUUAAAGGGUCGAGUCAUGGCCAUCAACGUCUGGCGGCCGCUGAAGACUGUGCAUCGGGAUCCCCUCGCUGUCUGUGACUGGCAGUCUACCAGUCCGCAGGAUAUCGUGCCCUAUCGACUGGUCUUUCCGCAGGGCUGGAACGAGCUGAGCAAGGUGCAAUACAACAACAAUCACCGGUGGUACUAUCUCAGCAACCAGCGGCGUGAUGAGCCGUUGGUGUUCAAGCAGUUUGAUAGCAGCAGGUGGGAGGAGGGAGGGUGUACCCUGGCGCAUAGCGCUUUUGAGCUCCCUUCCGUGACGGAUAAUGAGCCUCGCCAGAGCAUUGAGAUUAAGAUGUUUGCGUUUUUGUAG